GUAGAGGUAUCUGGAGGAGAUGGUGGGAGUCCCGUAGGGCUGUCACAGGCAGCUGCUGGAGGACACUGCGCAGCGCUGGAGGUUCGGAGCAGUGUGCAGCAUGCUGCAGACAGGACGCUGAGUGCUGCCGCUUGGAGUUAUCACUGCCGGGGCUGUGGAUGUUGUAGCUGCCGGGAUGAAGCCGCUCCUAGCCGCCUCCGAGCAGCCGAAGGAGAGCUCCCCCCGGCGCAGGGAGAAGUGCGAGGCGGAGUCCGAGCGCCACAGGACCCGGGAGCGCCUGGAAGCCACCCUGGCCGGGCUGGGGGAGCUGGCCUACCUGCGGCACCGCCAGGAGAUGCUGGUGAGAACGGUGCUCAGCCCGGACACCGCCGCGGCUAGAGGGGACAGCCCGAGGAGCCUGGAGGAGCGGUUCCUGGAGGAGAACAUCCUGCUGCUCAAGAAGCAAUUGAAUUGCUUAAGGAAGAGGGAUGCUGGCCUGUUAACUCAGCUUCAUGAGCUCGACAAGCAGAUAAAUGACUUAAAGAUUGACGUAGAAAAGACGACUGAAGAGCAUUUGGAAACAGACAGCCGGCCCAGUUCAGGAUUUUAUGAGUUGAGUGAUGGGACAUCGGGAUCUCUUUCCAACUCUUCAAACUCUGUCUUCAGUGAAUGUUUAUCCAGCUGUCAGUCUAGCACCUGCUUUUGCAGCCCCCUCGAAGCGUCAUUAAACAUCCCAGAUGGUCAACCAAGAUCAGCAGAUGACUUCUUCGAAUGGUUGGACUACAGAGAAAGCCAAUGUGAAAGUACAGGCACGGUACGCCGGUCUUUUUCGGCACCGCACUCGAAUACCACUGAAGUCGUCGCCGAUGUUCAUCCCAAGUACCAAUGUGAUCUGGUCUCCAAAAAUGGCAAUGAUAUAUACAGAUACCCAAGCCCUCUUCAUGCUGUGGCGGUGCAGAGUCCCAUGUUUUUGUUAUCCAUGAUGAGUAAUGUAAAAGCGGAGGAGGAGGAGGUUGAAAUGGGUGCAAAUAUGAAUGACUGUUUAGUGCCCGAGCUGGAUUCCCUAAAACAUGAAAACUCUUUUCAGCAACAGGGUAGUUUCGGCCUUGCACCUCCUCCUCCCAGUAAAAAACUGGAUGGUUAUAUUUUGGGUAUAAUUCAGAAAAAAUCACAUCCUGUACGGACUAACAAACCCAGAACAAGUGUAAAUGUAGACCCAGGCAAAGGUAUUUUACGACAUGGGAGUAUAUGUGUCAAACAGACUGGUGGCAUCUCUCAUAACAGUACCACUAACAUGAAGAAUCCUAAACAGCCAUGUUUACAUUCCUCUGGACUAAUCUCUGUGGAUAAUAGCACUUACCCUGCUCUUAAACAGUGCGUUAAAGAAUCUCAAAGUGAACAGCUGGAAAGUAAAAAGAUGCCCUCAGUCCAGAGUUGCCAGCCAAGCAAUAUUAAUGAACUGCCAAGCCAAAACCAUUCACGGAACUCUGUGAAGCCUGUCUGUCAAAUUCUUGGAAGGGGCCUUGUGGUUGGAACAUCAAAUAUUCCAAAGGAAAUACAUGGAAAUCCCAGUCCUCCCAGCAAUCCUUUCCCCAACCUUUCCAACCCACUCUGUAAUGGAUCUCCCAAGGAACCACUCUCAAUUGUCCCUCUUCCUCAGGAGGUUAAAAUUGUGCCACCACCAAAAAGGAUUUCCCCCAAAAAUACAAUGAACUCUUAUCGUGGAUUAUCUCAAGACGAGAGACCUCCAUUGGACUUUAAGAGUGAAGGCUCCUCUUCUCAGAGCCUAGAUGAGGGACUGUUGGUCAACGCACACUAUAUUCCUGCACAGCAACAGGGUGUUAAACUCCAUAAAAGUACCAAAAAUGUAAAGAUUGUUAAGAGCUCGACAUUAAAACACAAGUCAAAUGUACAGAACGUUUUGGAUCAUGGCUCUCAGACGUUGAAGGAAAAGGGUAAGGUUGUAAUAAAGAAGUGUAGGUUUCCAGAUGACUUGGAUGCAAAUAAAAAAGUUAGGAAGGUUUCUCCGAGAGGUAAAAAGGUUGUCCAUUCGCAAGUAGAGACUGGUAUGGUAGGUAAAAAUCCAGGGGGAAGUAAGUCUGGCAGUAAGCCUCAUGGACAUGCAAAAGAUGUGGUUGUGGCUAAGCCUAGACAUAAAAGAGGAGACUAUCGAAGGUGGAAGUCCUCGGCUGAGAUAUCUUAUGAAGAAGCUUUACGAAGAGCCAGGCGGCGAAACCAGAGAGAGAUGUUAGGAGUUUAUGGUAAAGUUCCUCUUCCGUAUGUCAGCCCGUAUGCCUACAUAGCAAGCGACUCUGAGUAUUCGGCAGAAUGUGCGUCUCUGUUUCAUUCCACGGUUGUAGACACCAGUGAAGAUGAGCAGAGCAACUACACCACAAACUGUUUUGGGGAUAGUGAGUCCAGCUUAAGUGAGGUGGAAUUUGUUGGAGAGAGUACAACGUCAAGUGAUACAGAUGAGAGCGGAGGACUUAUUUGGUCUCAGUUUGUUCAUACUCUUCCCGUGCAAGCAGGCACAGCUGCUGACCUUCAAACCGCGGCCAAGGCUUUUGUCAAAAUUAAAGCCUCCCACAAUCUAAAGAAGAAAAUUCUUCGCUUUCGAUCUGGGUCUCUAAAAUUGAUGACAACAGUUUGAAGCAUCAAAUGUCUUCCUACUGUUCUUGACCCUCUUAUCUCGCGUCUGUAAAUACAUUUGUAUCGUUUGUGCAAAUAUUUAAAAGGUUUACAGUAAAUUAUGUUGACUUGUGAAAACUGUUAUUUUACUUCCAAAAACUCCAAAUCAAUUAGGCUAGUUUCACACCUGCAGUAAAACUAUCUGGCAGGCUGUUCCAGCAGAGGAGCAACCUGCCGGAGUUCACCAUAUCCGGCUUUGCUGGAUAGAGCAGUGCACUGCUGGAGCCCAUUGACAAUAAUUUGAUUCAGCUGAUUUCCGUCUGUUUUCUGGCCAGCUGAAACUUGGCGCUCAUGCUGGAAACUGGUUGAAUUCCCACCAGACCCAUUCAUAGUCAAUGGGCUCUGGUGGAGCACAACCCUAUCGAGCUAGGCUGGAUAUGGUGAACUCCAGCAGGUGUGGAACUAGCCUUAGCUUCUCCUUGUAGACACUGGUAAUGUCACCAUAACCCAAUCCUACAAAAUAAAUCCAUCUGUUACAUCUGCCCUUUAGUUCUGAACAUUAGAACAAUUUCAGACAUUAUCUUAACAUUCCGUCUAAAGUUGCACCUUUUAGUUGUCGGAAGAAAUUUGCAACUAUUUCAUCUAUACUUUUAUUUUUAUUUUUUAUUUGUCUGAAGGAUUGGGAAUCCAGUGAUCUAGAACUUACCAGGUUCACCGACUUUGAGGGACAUAUCACAGACCCUCUCCCAGUGUAAUGACUGGGUCCCUUCUGUUCAAUUUUUGCAUGCGUUAUGCAUGGAAAGUAAUGGUUCUCGUAUGCCUUUUUUUUAUUAUGGGCUUUAUGUAUACUAUAAUCCUAUGUAUUUUAUAUAUUUUGUAAAUUAUAUAACACAUUUUACAUGUUAAUAAACUGUCUGCUUUAAUGCUGUUUAAAGU